GAAAAGAAAAAAAAACUUGGGAGUUAGUAAUUAGGGCGAGGCUUAUUCUGCUCGGUUCCUGCCCGUGAUUCUGCUCUCUGAUUCCCCGUAGCGAUCAGUGGGAGCGCUGCAAGUUAGUGUGCCCCGUUUUCAAGGUUUGUUUUUCGGCUCCAUGUUGAAGUUUUUUUUUUCUCCUCGGCGUCCAGAGCACCAAGACUCUCGUAGCCGCAUACAGUGUUAGCGGAUACACACAGAUACAGUACACACACUUACACACACACACUUACACACACACACUUACACACACACGCGCGCAUAGCCCUCGCCUGAUUUGCACUAGCGCGGGUCAUUUCAGGUUAAACCCUGGCGCUGUGUCCCGUCCAGUUUAGCCGACGGAGAUCAACACUGGUGGUUCCAGCUGAGGAGGAAUGCACAGACACCGGGACUCCAAAUAAUUUUUUUUUCCGGACACGAGCUUCUUCUUGCAUAUGCGGUGUUUCUCUCGGGGAGCUCAGCAGCUCCUCAGCGCUGCCUGGAGUCAGUUCACCACUUCCUCUGCUAGGUAGGUACCCAGAUGUCUGAGGAGGCUCUGAGGAUGACAUCUUGGCCUUGAACCCCACCAGUAUGUCAGAGCCAGCAGAAAAAUGCUCCCCCCGCUGGAAAGAUGAGGCCAUUCAAAAUGGGUACAUACCGAGUUACCUAGACAAGGAUGAGCUCUGCGUUGUGUGUGGGGACAAAGCCACCGGCUAUCACUAUCGCUGCAUCACCUGUGAGGGUUGCAAGGGUUUCUUCAGGCGGACGAUCCAGAAGAAUCUAAACCCGACCUACGCCUGCAAGUACGAGGGGAAAUGUGUCAUCGACAAAGUGACCAGAAACCAGUGUCAGGAAUGUCGCUUCAAGAAGUGCAUUGCGGUGGGAAUGGCGACCGACUUGGUGCUGGACGACAGCAAGAGGCUGGCCAAGCGGAAGCUAAUCGAGGAGAACCGGGAGCGCCGUCGGAGGGAGGAACUGCAGAGGACGGUGUGGGACCGACUGGAGCCCACCCAGGAGGAGUGGGACCUCAUCCGUAUGGUGACUGAGGCCCAUAUGGCCACGAAUGCCCAGGGCAACCACUGGAAGCAGAAACGGAAAUUCCUGGUCGAGGAAGCUAUGCUUCUUAAUGAAAUAACAUGUAAUUUAUUCUAUACUUCUGACCAGAGUGCAGCGGGGGUGAAGGAAACUAAGCCUGAGGAUAUUGGUCAAGCGUCCAUGGCCAAUGCACCGGAGGGAAGCAAAGUGGAUAUAGAAGCCUUCAGUCAGUUUACAAAAAUUAUCCCCCCUGCCAUAACCCGAGUGGUGGACUUUGCCAAAAAACUGCCUAUGUUUUGUGAGUUGCCUUGUGAAGACCAGAUCAUCCUGUUGAAAGGCUGCUGCAUGGAGAUCAUGUCACUGCGCGCUGCCGUUCGCUACGAUCCGGAGAGCGAGACUCUCACGCUGAACGGCGAGAUGGCGGUCACACGGGGUCAGCUUAAGAACGGAGGCCUGGGCGUCGUCUCGGACGCCAUCUUCGACCUCGGCGUGUCGCUGUCCUCCUUUAACUUGGAUGACUCCGAGGUAGCUCUACUACAGGCCGUCAUCCUGCUGUCAUCCGAUCGGCCCGGCCUGAGCAGCGUGGAGCGAAUCGAACGCUGCCAAGAGGAGUUCCUGCUGGCCUUUGAACAUUACAUCAACUACCGCAAACACAAAGUGGCACAUUUCUGGCCCAAGCUGCUAAUGAAGGUGACGGACUUGCGGAUGAUCGGCGCCUGCCACGCCAGCCGAUUCCUUCACAUGAAAGUGGAGUGUCCCACUGAGCUAUUCCCUCCUCUCUUCCUGGAGGUCUUCGAGGACUGACCAAUGGAUUUUUAGUGUAUGAGUGACUGUGUGUGUGUGUGUGUG